AUGUCCGACUCGAAGACUAUCAGCCUCCUUAUCCCCUCUGAGGCUCCUGCUCAGUCACAAGACUGGUCAAUCCAAAUUCAGAAGAUUGUCGCGCAGAAGGGCCAUUUUCGCCAUGUGACCGAACGAGGUCUUGUGUCGCGAACUAAGGACAAGGCUGUAGACUCCCAGGAAAAGCAGGCUGCCAAUGAAAUUCAAGGCGAGAACGAAGAUGAAACUCGUCAGAAGCACCAGGAAAGUCUAUGGAAGGGUAGGGAGCAGAUGCUUGAACGGCUGAGCUAUGCUCAAAAUGAGAUACUCUGUGCUCUUGACUUUAUAUCGCUUCUCAUCUCAAAACAGUCUGUCCCGGCUCAAAGCUCCAUGUCUCCGGCACUCAAAGAGGCUGUCCCGGUGGGCACUCUUGCUGCUCGAAUGCUGAAACCAAAGCCGCUUCCUUCUUCCGUGCAACAACGCCUGGCACUCACUUCCGAAGGAUGGAGGCUGCAGAGUUUUCGGUCUGCCUCCAAGAAACUGUCUGAAGCCUCCUCCAGAUUGCGGUCCGACGCCGAACGUCAAACGGAAUACUGGGCCCAGAUUGCCGGUCUGACUGCUGCUGGUUGGGCGGUUUCGAGGGUACCACGUGACAGCAAAGCGGUUGGUGUGCACUUUGGCUUUCCCGAAUCCGCACCACAGUUCCGAGAUCGAGGAUUUGCCCUUCUGCGCCAGUCCGAGGAUGGCUCUGUCACCUUAGACAAGCACGCACUUCGGGGGAAGCGGAAAUGGCUACAUGUUUAUGUGAGCCGAGACGGCGUGAGAACUGGAGCUUUCUCUCCCAAGAGACCCACCAAAAGCCACUCAGAAAGCAUAAGCGAACAACUCACAGAACUGCGAGAUUCAAUGUUCGAGGAGGAACUCUUCUACGAGAUUUGUCGAGAAGCACGUAUAGUGGCCAACCAGGGAGUCUCCACUCGCGCUCAAGCGGUAGAUCUUGAAGUUGGUGAUGGAUGUCGAAUCUCGCUACUCUUCUCUGAGAAACCUGAUACUGAGGUCGCGGGAAAUGCGGACGCCAACACAAUCGCCGAGUUUGUCGCAACCUCGCUCCGCCUGUUGCUGACAGCCGCUCAUGAGCAAAAUUUGGCAAAAAGGUCCCACAAACCAUUGCCCAUGACUAUCAAGCCUCGACCACUCCCUGAAUAUACCCUAAUUCGUCCAAUAUUGACCCACCUUAGACAUAAGGCGGAGGCCGCCUCCUUCUGGGGCGAUUGUCGAACUCUCCUGCGGCCUUUUGUGCAGGCUGGGGUGCCUGUGUCAAUCGUGCCAGCAGGGUCGGGGAACGACCUCUCCCAGCCAUUGCACACAGAAACACCAUAUUCAAUCCUGUCUGGAUUGAUGCAUCCCGCACAAGCGGCAUGCAAAGUGACUCUGACCGGAGAGAGAAUCAUGACGGUGGACCUCCAUACUUUCCUUGGACCUCCACUACAUGGUUCACGCUAUGAAACUUCUUCUCUUGAUUUUGGCUUCUCAAACCUGCCACACCUACAUCACGAAACCAAAGAGGCGGUAAUGUUGUUUCUCCGGCGGGUAUUGUUACUGGAUUUAGUCAAGCAUACCCAAGACCUGGCCCUGGAAUCUCAAGAUGUCCAGAACUCAGAUCAUGACACACUCCGGAAAUGGACACUAUGUCGACCACACCAUGGGGAGUUUGCGCUUUACAAAUCAGGCGAGGUAGUGGAGAAGAUGAAGAUUGGUAUUCUCCCUGAUUCCGUCAACAUUAGAUGGAGUUCAUUGGACAAAGGUACUACUUCACGACAGGUGUUAUGGUCGUGGACGGCUAGCGGGUGCACCAAGGCAGAUGGAGCAGAGGUCUGGCCACAUGUUGAGACGACCUUUGACGAAGCAAUCGGCCAGAUCAUAAAGGGGUGA